GUUUACUUUCAUUUACCUACCGGGGUUUGUAUUUCCUUAUUUAUACAACUCAAAAGAACAUCUUUUGCUCUAUUACCUUUCUCGGGUGUGUGUCUGAUUCUCUUUUUCUCUCUGGAGUGGAGAAAAGGAAAAUUAAAUUUGAAGAAGAGAUUGAGGGAGAUGUCAGUGAAUAUGAUUCAUGAUACUGAUGGGUUACCAAAAAUUAUAUUGACUGAGCCCAUGGGAUCAUCUACUGAGGUCCUACUUUAUGGUGGGCAGGUUGUUUCCUGGAAAAAUGAACGAAGAGAAGAAAUGCUUUUCAUGAGCACCAAGGCCAUUUGGAAGCCACCGAAAGCUGUUCGAGGAGGAAUUCCCAUCUGCUUUCCUCAGUUUGGAAAUUUUGGCUCACUUGAGCGACAUGGAUUGGCAAGGAACAGGAUGUGGUCAUUAGAUAGCUCUCCUGCACCUUUGGUUCCUGCAACUAAUAAUUCGACUGUAGAUUUGAUAUUGAAGUCUACAGAAGAUGAUUUGAAGAUAUGGUCUCAGAGCUUUGAAUUGAGGCUUCGGGUUUCUAUUAGCUCUGGGAAGCUCACUUUGAUUCCUCGUGUGAGAAAUACAGACAACAAAAGCUUCUCUUUCAUGUUCGCCCUGCGUAAUUACCUGUCCAUAUCAGAUAUCAGUGAAGUGCGUAUUGAAGGUUUGGAGACUCUAGAUUACCUUGAUAAUUUAAUGAAUAGGGAGAGGUACACAGAGCAGGCAGAUGCAAUUACUUUCGAUGGUGAGAUUGACCAUGUAUAUCUGAGAACACCGUCUAAGAUUGCUAUUAUAGAUCAUGAGAAGAAGCGCACCUUUGUUCUGCGUAAAGACGGCAUGCCUGAUGCAGCUGUUUGGAAUCCUUGGGACAAAAAAGCAAAGGCUAUGCCGGAUUUGGGAGAUGAAGAUUAUAAAUCCAUGCUCUGUGUUGAUUCAGCUGCGGUUGAAUCACAGAUAGUCUUAAAACCUUCAGAAGAGUGGAAGGGCUAUCAAGAAAUCUCAACUGUAUCUUCGAGUUAUUGCAGUGGGCAGCUGGACCCUCGUAAAGUGCUAUAUGGCUUCACUUGACUUCAUCCAUGGGAUAAUUAGUUAUUAAUUUUAUCUUGUUUUCUUGAUAGAAGACUAUGCAGAUAUUGUUUUGUUACUGGUAUUUUAAUUUUGGCAGAUCAUUCGGGCCGGAGACUUAUUUCUGUGGAGUGUGGACUGUGUAAUGUUACUAUCAAUCUGUAAAAUGCUACUUUAAACUUUUGAUUGAUGUUAGUCUUCUAGGAUCUAUUA